GCUGGUGACGCGGGGCUGCGAGGCGCUGGAGGUCACCCCGCUGCGGGACGGAGUGGGGCAGCCAGGCUUCCUCAUGAACGAGGAGGGCUUCGUGACGGACCUGCAGAGGUUCUGCUACGCCGAGAGCGGAGGCCUGCAGCUGUGGGCUCGCGUGGUGAGGCUGUGCGGACAUUCCCUGGUCCACUUGAGCCCCGAGGAGAGGAGCAGGCUUCUCCGCACGGCACACAAGAUCCACAUCACCGUCAUCCCACCGGAUGAGAAUGGCAAACCUCGCAGAAGUUUCUCUGAGCUCUAUCAGAAAGCCAUCAAGGAUGCAGAGUGCAAGUCCGGCGAGGACAAGUCGGGAGUGGCCUGGGUGGUGGAUGAGAGGGAAGAUGAGAGGGAGGAGCAGGAGCAGAAGGUGGAGGAGGAGCAGCUGAAGGCGGACAGGGUCGACGAGGAGGAGGAAGAUCAGCUCGCAGAGGAUGAGCUGAAGAUGGACGGCGGCGGGGGGCAAAACGAGGAGAGUCCCGGCCCGCUCCUCGCACUGCCCGCCUUACCUUUGCUGAGGGCUACGUCUCUGCAGGACCAGCCAGCCAAUAAGAGCGAAGAGAUCAGCAUCUCUCAGCUCACCCGCAGCGUUUCUCUGGAGAAGCAGCUGUCCUACACAGACACCUGUGAUGAACACGUGUACGACAACGUGAUGAUGAAGGAGAAACGCCACAUCUACGAGAACGUCGGGGAGCUGAGGGACGCCACGCCUGACCUGAUCCUGGCCGUCAAGCCUAAAGUUCCCCCAGAAGACGAGCAGUUCAUGGCCGCUGACUUUGGCGAGGACAAAGCUUCAGCGAGUGACUCGUCCCUAUCAUCUUCCCGGCUAUCGAGUGUAGACCGAGCGGAAAGAAACUCACGAGCCCUCAGUCUGCAUAACUCCAUCACCAAGAUUCUCUCUGAGACGACAGAUUCGACAGAUGAGGAGUGGCAGUCCAUUGCUGACCUGGCGACAGCCUGCCGCAGCAUCCUGGAGGCUUUGUCCAAAGAAGACCGCAAAGCCGGGGAUUCCUCCCAAGGUGGAGCUGAUCAGACAGACGGCAAACUCAAAGACUCAAAGGACAGCGACUCUCCGGGCCACCUGGAGGAGAAGGUGUCGCAGCUGGAGGCCAUGCUGAAGAAGCUGCAAGACGACCUGCAAAAGUGGGCACACAAGGAGAAAGAGGACAAGGCGGUGCUGCAGGCCGAGGUGCAGAGCCUCAGGCAGAACAACCAGCGGCUGCAGGAGGAGUCGCAGAGCACAGUGGCCCGCCUCAUCAAAGUCACUGAGCUGCUGUGCAACGUCAACAAGCCCUGUUAGGUCCCCAUGAUGCAAAUCCCGCUGAGCGCCUCCAUGCCCAACAACGUUCUUUGAUCGUGUAUAGAUAGCUGCAAAAGUAAACACACAGGCAAGUGUGGUCCUGCCUGCUGGGGAGGAAGUAUGCAAAAGAGACAAAAAAAAAAAAAAAAGUAUAGACUGACCUUCACAGGCUGCUGUAGAGUGCUUCUCUUGGUGUGUGUGUGUGUGUGUAUGCGUGUGUGUGUAUGAUUGUUUUUCUUGCUUCAAAUACUUGACAAGCUCUGCUAAGUAGCACUUACAGAAGAGGUUUCAAUUAAGACAGACAGACAGACACUGUAUAGCAUGUUUUGUGGUGUCUGAUGGACAAAAUGACCAAAAGUGUAUAAAGCAUAGUAAGCAGUAUCAGCGGUAAUAUAUGUGAACGGUAGUAAAGCUACAUGUAGUCGCAGGGUCUGAGUGUGUUUUCUGCCUGGCACUGACAGGAAGGUUGGCCUGAAAUUAAAACACACAUGAAUAUUUGAAUUACUGCAGGCGGCCUUCUACUUAGAAACAUGUAACGAUGCUCACUGAGGGAGGUCUGUUACGUAAGGACGUUAUCCUCCAUCUUCACUUCUUAGUCGUACUGUAUUUAGGCAAUUCUGCUUUUAGGAAACAAAACUGGAAAAUAAGGGGACUGAAAAAACAGAGAUUCAAACUGCUUGUUUCUUCUGGGGUGUUUUUUUUUUUUUUUUUUGGAUUUGAAAAGAAAAGCAGCAUAAAACUCAGACUCUGGCAGGAACGAACUGCUUCAGCUUCCUUCCAUGACUGCCUGUAGCUGUUUUAUCUUCUAACCUCACUAUUGUAGCAGCCAUAACUGUAGAAGAUCGCCUCCUGCUGGCCUGAACUGCAGCUCUUAUUUUUCAGCCCGCAAAAUAGCUUUAGGUGUGAGAACGAGCAACCUGGACUGAUGGUGAAACAAUGCAGAAAACUGUAUUUAAAUUCAUUUUUGUUUGUGUUUUAUUGUUUUUGUUUUGUUUUCUGAUGUAACUAUUUGGGUAAUUGUUUGCUUUAGCUGGAGAGUGGCAGCAGUGCAUUGAAAUGUCCUUAAUUAGAGAUGCACCAAAAAAAAAAACAAAAAAAAAAACGAUUCACCUAAUUGUGAUCACAAUCAAAUGAGUUUGAUAUUUACCAAACUUGACUGGUGACCAGCCUGUUAAAACCUCAGAAAUGCAACAUUUUUCCAAUCAACGAAUGCAGCUAAGGGCUAACAGAUCUCACUAGCAUCACUCUUCAGUGUGGAAGUGAUCACUGACCGAAUGAUAAUCAAAGUUAGCUAUUGUCAGUGUCAGCGAGGCGUUUGAAAGUAGAUGGAGGAACCGCAGAGGUGCAGGAAGCUGUUUAAAAUGGAAACAUGGCGUCUGGUGCUUGCAUUUCACUCCACUAUGGUUGUUUUCAAGCUCGACUAUUUUGGGUGCAAAAAUGAGCCGUUUGCUAUAAAAGGUCAACUCACAAGAGGAAUGUUGUUUCAAUUUGAUAAAAUAUUAAACUGACUAAAGCUCGACGUCAGUCAGAAGUUUUAUUGUUUGUUUUAUUAAUUUGAGCUUUCAGCCUGUCUGUCAGAGAACAUGCUGGAUUUGGAAAUGUUGCCAGUGGGGAUUUCUGAUUACAAAUUGGUGUCUGCUCUCCCCGGCGCUGUGGUUCUCAAACUAAAACCUGCUGAUGCCGUGUUUAUUUCACCUCUUAAGUCAGAACUCUGAGCUGGGAAUGUAAUCAAAAA